AUGCGUUUUAAAAUAUUAAAAAACACAGAAAAAGUUUUUGGUUUUAAAAACGAAGUGAAAUGGUAUAAUACUAUAUUUAUUUCGAUGUAUCAUGUUUUCGGAUUUUAUUGGUGUUGGUUAUAUGCUUUUCCUGUGAAGGAAUUAACUGUAUUCUUUGCCAUCCUAAUGUACUGUAUAAAUGCUACAGGAAUAACUUGCGGUGUCCAUCGCCUGUUCACGCAUAGAUCUUACAAAGCGAUUCCUGCAUUGAAAAUAUUUCUAGUGAUAUGCUUCUGUAGUGCUGGUCAAAAUUCUAUCUAUGAAUGGGUCCGCGACCACAGACUUCACCACAAGUUCAGUGACACAGACGCCGACCCUCACAAUGCGAACCGAGGCUUCUUCUUCUCACACAUCGGCUGGCUCAUGAUGAAGAAGAACGAAGAAGUGAAGAAACAGGGGAAGAAGAUCGACAUGAGUGAUAUUGAAGGAGAUGAAAUUAUUAUGUUUCAAAAGAAAUACCACACGUUUCUAAAGUUAUUCUUCUGCUAUAUAUUGCCGAUAUCCCUGAACAUAUAUCUCUGGAAUGAAGACUGGAAGUGUGCAAUAGCUUGGCAAGCCUUCAUCAGAUUCUUAUUUGUCUUCCAUGCUGAGCUGUCAGUAAACAGCUUUGCUCAUCUCUACGGAUAUCAGCCUUAUAAUAAAACCAUCGUACCAAAAGAAAACGCCUUCGUCUCAUCAGUAUCGUUUGGAGAAGGUUGGCACAACUACCACCACAGUUUCCCCUUCGACUUCAAGGCUGCUGAGUUCUGUGAUCGCUUCAACUGGUCUACCAACAUGAUUCGCUGGUGGGCUAGACAAGGUUGGGCUUAUGACCUGAAAGAAGCCACUCCAGAGAUGGUAAGCUCCUUGAUGAAGAGAGCUGGUGAUUGUAAAUAUUUGAAUGAUGAAUUGGUGAUUCAUGAAAGAUGA